AUGAAGCAAAAUAUUGGACGGGGCGAAUUUUCUCAGUUCCCCAAUUUGUCACAGACAAGAUGCCAGGAAGACGACGUUUCAACUCACGUUCAACAUUUAAAUGCCCUCUAUUCAGAUUUUGAAUCCAGGUUUGAGGAUAUUUUGACUAUGGUAAAACCACCAUGGAUAAUUAAUCCAUAUGGUGACAUAGAAAAAACGAAUGUCAUAAUACAAGAGGAACUGACUGAACUAAGUACAAACGAAGAACUUAAGGUUCAGUUUAAAAACGGAUAUCAGCAAUUCUGGCUGCAAAACAACAUAACCGUUACUUAUCCCGUAUUAUGGAAUAUAGCGAGGAAAUUCCUUUCCAUCGUCAUACCUAGUGGAAAGGGAGUUCAGCGCUGUUACCAAUCUCCUAACGAAAAAAAGAAACAGACUGGACAUCAUUAG